UUUUGGGAACUCUGCUCAUUGUGGGAUUGGAUAGACAUAGAAUUCACGUUCUAGAAGUAGUAAGUACUUUUCGUAUGAGACCCGCAGUGAUCAUGCCGCGCGGCUUUUAUAAUUGAAAAGGCGAGCUCAAAUCGUCGUUUUCGUCGUCAGAGAACUUGGAAUAAACGAUUCGAAACUGCUUGCUUAUGAUACAAGUUAUUUAGGCAGUUGAUGCGAUGCUAGCACUGAGGAGUUUGAAUAAGUUUUCGCAGAGUACCACGUUCUUUUUUCAUAAACUCGUUCUGGUAAUGGCAAAUUUGGAGGAAUCACAAGGUGUUACCAAACCCUCAAGCAUUGGAGCUGAUACACUUGAGAGGCGCGAGGACACAGGAGAAGCAUCCUUCUGGAGGAAACAAAAAAGGAUCACGUCUCAAGGAGAUACCGUAAAUGGGGCACUUGCAAGCCGGGGUUGGAAUUAUCAGUCACUUGGUCAUGCUCGCGAUGCUUGGUGUUUGGUAAAUCGUCAUUAUAGCUCCCAUUGCAAUGAUAAGUACACAGGGGAGCUUUCUAAUAAGUUUCUUAGAAGUAUUCCAGAAUAUAUAAAGAUAGUGGAAGUUGGUCCUACGGAUGGACUGCAAAAUGAGAAGCAAAUCGUGCCUACUUCUGUAAAGGCUAAGUUGAUAAAAAUGCUAGUUUCAUCAGGGUUGCCCAUUGUUGAGGCCACGAGUUUUGUUUCACCGAAAUGGGUACCACAGCUAGCAGAUGCCAAGGAUGUAAUGGAAGCAAUUCGGAAUGUUGAAGGGGCUAGAUUUCCUGUCUUAACUCCUAAUGUUAAAGGUUUUGAAGCAGCUGUUGCAGCUGGAGCCAAGGAAGUGGCCAUCUUUGCUGCAGCAUCUGAAUCUUUUUCAAAAUUCAAUAUCAACUGUAGCAUUGAAGAGAGUCUUACUCGUUACCGCGAUGUUGCCCUCGCUGCUGGCAAGCUCUCAUUUCCUGUUCGUGGAUAUAUAUCAUGUGUUGUGGGGUGUCCAAUGGAAGGAAUGGUAGCUCCAGCUAAAGUAGCAUAUGUGGCUAGAAAACUUUAUGAUAUGGGUUGCUCUGAAAUAUCACUUGGCGAUACAAUCGGUGUUGGUACCCCAGGUACUGUCAUUCCAAUGCUUGAAGCUGUUAUGGGUUUUGUCCCAGUUGAUAAGCUUGCUGUCCACUUUCAUGACACUUAUGGCCAAGCUCUGUCAAAUAUACUCGUAUCCCUCCAGAUGGGGAUCAGCACAGUCGAUUCAUCAGUUUCUGGUCUUGGGGGCUGGCAAUAUGCCAAGGGUGCAUCUGGAAAUGUUGCAACUGAGGAUGUUGUGUACAUGCUAGAUGGGCUUGGUGUGAAGACAAAUGUGAAUCUUGGUAAGCUCAUGUUGGCUGGGGAAUUUAUCUCUAAGCAUCUGGGACGCCCAUCUGGCUCAAAGACCGCAAUUGCCUUGAGUAAAGUCACAGCUCGCACCUCCAAGCUAUGAGAAUUGGCUCUGAAAGAGAUGGCCGGGAAGCCUGUAAAAAAGAUGAAAAUAGCUGUCUGAUUGAUUUCUCUCCUCAUGACCAUCCAUUCAUAAAAUUUGCAUCAUUGUUAGAUGAGAAUGAUGUGGGAAGCUUGAUGAUCUAAUUGGGAUCUGGCCGUAUACAGGGGAAGAUGAGGUAGCACCAACUUGCUGGCUUAAACUGGCUUAGUCAUCUCUACGCUGCUUGGCUAUGUGAGUUGGGAUUUAUUUACCUCACUUGGACUCACCUCCUCCAAGAUGGGUUCAUGUUGCACAUGGAUUGCAUCAAAAUCAAUUCAAGCUGUGUAAUGGUCCACAGUGAAGACUGAGUGAAUACCCUUUUUAUUUUGUGUAUGUCUUGUAGAAGACUUCUCAUUGAUGAUUUAGUGCAAUUUUUUUUUAAAAUAUUGUAAUAGGCUUUGAUCGUUUUGUCACAAAAGACUUUUUCCCGCGA